CCCACAGUUGUACCUCAGGAAGACGUUAACACGUGAUCUAACGUCUCCUUGGAGACGGACGCAAACUGCUACUAUUUGUUUUUUGAAGUGGCAUUCUUGUCUGCAGUUUUAUGUGUGCAAUGUUUUGUAAGUUGUACUUUUCUUGGUAUUUGUCACUGCCAGCAAAUCACAGAACAUUAAUAAAUCCAGGAGUUCUAGUCAAAACUGACAGAAAAGCUUGCUGGAGACGGAGGGUUUGAAAGAUGACAGAUACCCCCGAAUUCAGUGAAGAAAAGGGUCAGGUGCAGACCGAAACCAGAAGUGAGCAAGGUUUAAAUCCCAGUGACUACAAUCAGACUGGAGAAGGCACAACAAAAGAUGAAUACACAAACAAUUCGACAGCGACUGGGAGUGAAUCCGUGGAACAAAAAGAAGCCGAAGAGGCCCCGCCAAAGACAUCCAAAGACGAAGCUCUUGGGUCACAAGAUCAGCCACCAGGUGGACCAUUGCAGACGGAGGAUAGUGUCUCUCCUUUGCUUAACAGUGAUAGUUUUGCUGUGGGCGACGAGGAUGAGACAGUGCUACCUGCCCUGCCUGACACUGUUGAACCGCUUCCUCUUGAAUCGAGUCCUGUAGCAAAUCAAGAAGGACCGUCUUGCCCUAACAUAUUAGAACCCAAGACCCCAGACCAAACUAAAAGUGGCACUGAAGGAGAAAAGGAAGAAGAUGUGAAGAGAGAGGAAGAAGUGGAGACAGAAGAAACUAUAGGUUUUGUUGAUGUAGACAGAGAAGAAUUAAUCAAGAGGUACCAUGAAUUAAUGGAUGAAAGGGGCAAAAUCCAACACCAGAAUGCCCAACUCCAAAACAAACUGGCAGAUUAUUUUCGAAAGAAGAAAGGCGAGGAGAUGAAACGAGAGGUGGAUAAGGCAGUUUCAGACCAGGAGCAGCGAUAUAUCAAGUACAUGUCGAGUUUAGAAGAGCAGAAGUCCCAGUACAAGCAAGAUUCUGAUGAUUUCCAACAACAAAUUGAAGAGCAGAGAGCUCGUUGCCAAGAGAAAUUAGAGCAAGUAAAUAGCGAGUGGCAAACCUUGCUGGCAUACAAAAAACAGGUCGCUGUAGCUGCUUUGAGUCGCAAACUGGGAAAACAGUCUGCAAUGAAAGAGGUGGAAGAGCUACUGGCGAAAGAGCAGCGCAAAGAAAACGAAGUGAUCCGGGUCCGCCUAGAGAACAUAAAAUUGAAAAACAAAAUAAAAAUAUCUGAGUCAAGUCUGAAAGCAAAGGAAGAAUUGGCGGAAGGACUACACCUUAUUGAUUUUGAACAGCUUAAAAUUGAAAACCAGACAUACAACGAGAAAAUAGAGGAACGGAACGAGGAGCUGUUGAAGCUCAGGAAGAAGAUUACCACCACAGUGCAGGUCCUGACUCACUUGAAAGAGAAGCUGCAGUUUGUGCAAGUAGAGAACCAGCGUAUGAAGGGUCAGCUGCUGGAUAUUGAAGCUAAUGUGGCACAGAAACGGGACAUUCUCACAAGGACAAAACAGGCUAGAGAUAGCUUGAGGAUAGAUAACCUGAAGCUGCGCCAGCAAAGUGGGUUGUUAAGCAAUAAAGUUUUGCUGCGGGAUUUUGAGGUAAAGGUUACUGCAAACGAGGAGCAAGCACUGCAUCUUAAAACGCUGAAACGACAGUAUGCUGAGCUGACUCUAAAUUCGGCUGGCAUCAAGGAAAAAAUUGAACGAACAAGAUCUGUUUCUUAGUUGUCACCAAAAACUAAAAUUUCAUUCAUUUUACAAUACUCCGAUUUCAUGCUAGUUUGAGAUGAAUAGCCAGUGGAUUAUUGAAUACUGUUGUCAUGACUAAUGUUUUACAGGUUCAGUCCACACCAGCACUCAAUACUUUUGACAUUUCCAGAUUUGACUGAUACUGAUUAACAGUUGUCUGUACUAUGACUACCUUUUAUGGAUCUUGUCAUGCUUUCAAAAACAAAGGUCCUUUAGUAUUUCUCAAACUUCACCAAACUAUAUGACACUAUACAUUGGACAGUGGGCAAAAUGUGUGACACAUGACAAAACAUGAAACUAAGAAUGUAAAACACAAUAGAGGUAGCACGCUGACGGCUUUUAGGUAGAAUCUCCUUACCUCCAAGAUGCAGAGGUCCUGGAGAUGAUAUAGGUGCAGGGGUACAGCUUGCUGAGAGGCAUAAAGGCUUCACCAAAUUGCUGGGGAUCUGUAGUAAGAGGGAUACAGUUAACGAGUUCAAGUUUCUCAUUGUUAGAGGCAAAAUUCUUGAGUGCCGUUAUGCAUCCUAAUACACUAUAGCUUUAAGAAGCCUGUUUGUAUGGGUUAUUUUUAAAUAUAGGACUUUUGUGUUAUGGGGUUUCAUUCUCAACUUAAUUAACUAUUAAAAUCAGGGUGAAGAGAUUAAAGAAUACCAGUUCCCUUAGCAGAGUAUAACAUACAACUCUUGCAUU